UGUGAGCUGCCACCAUGCAGAUCCCUUGGGCUGUGUGCUCUGUCUGUGUCUUAACACAAAUGGCAUUUCGAUCUGUGGAAGGGUGGCAAGUGUUUAAAAAUGAUGCUACAGAAAUCAUUCCUGAGAUCACUGAAAACACAGAAACACCGAUGGAGCAGACCUUCAGCAACAACAACACAAUGAACCAGGCAAAGCAUGGAGGAAGACACAUACAACAAGCUCCAGACCCUAACGAUGCUUCUGACUUCAGCUGCAGAGAGAUGCGAACCACCCGCUAUGUCACAGAGGGGCCCUGCCGCAGCAUCAAGCCCGUCAAGGAACUGGUGUGCUCUGGUCAGUGUGUCCCCUCACACCUCCUGCCCAACUCCAUCGGCAGAGGGAAGUGGUGGCGGCAGAACUCCCUGGAUUACCGCUGCAUCCCUGCUCACACCCGCACGCAGCGCAUCCAGAUGGCCUGUCCUGAGGACGAGACUCGGACUUACAAAUUCCGAGCUGUCACGUCCUGCAAAUGCAAGCGCUACACUCGCUACCACAACCAGUCCGAGCUGAAGGACUUUGGGAAGGAACCUGCCAGGCCUCAGAAGAACAAGAAGCCCCGUCUGUCCAGGGCGAGGAGCAGCAAAUCUAACCAGCAUGAGUUAGAAAAUGCUUAUUAGAAGGCGGCUCCGAGCGGUACAGCCUAGCAGCUCUGGAUAUCUUACGAGACAUCAACCGGCACUCACAGGCCACAGCAGCACGUUCUGACUGCAGUAGGUUUUAAUUCCUUCUGCUAAGCGGGGUCAAAGGCUCACAUAGUGAAAAACCUGUCAGACUGUAGCAGCUAUGGUCUGAUAAAAGAAUGAGAUAAACUGAGCUGGAGGUAGCAACACCUACAUUCAGUCUGAGAGGAGAGGUACACCGUGGAGAUUCACGUGAGGUCCUGUGGCUUGUCCAAGUAGGAAGGCAGGAGAAAGUGAAGCUGUUAUGGUGACAAUCACACUAUAUUAAAAGUCAUUCUACUCUAUGUGAAAAGAAUACUGAGAUCUCUUUCCCACUUCUGUAAGUGCUAUGAUGCAGGACAAGCAUGAGAUUAGGAAACACCACGAGAGUUACCACUCUGAGUUGUAGGAAGUUAACGAUAGCAGGCAUUUCAACAGUAAUGGUGCCUGAAGUCAAGUUGUUGGGAUGUCAGAUGCCCUCAUGACCCAAUUAUUUCCUCCAAAACACAAAAAUCAAGCAAUGACAUUUGUGUUCUCAAAAGUGUGACAAAUCUAUUUCAUACUUUUCAUUAGAAGACUGUAGGAUAGACAGAUACACCUUAGGUGUAUCAAUUUACAUUUUCUGUUCUACAGAGUCUGGGUUAUCUGGCCACACACUUUCUAGUGCUAAGACUGUGUAAGCCACGUUCUGGGAGUAAGGUGCUGGUUAAAAGUGAGCCUCUGCUAAUCUUAAAGUCAUUAAUUCCUCUAGAAAAGUCUUUGGUAUGUGCAACUUUAAGUCUUUAGCUUGACAGCAACUUUCCCUUUGUGUUUUUACAAUAGAGAAUAGUAUUAGAAAGUGAAUCAUCACAUGCUGUAUCUAUCCUGUAGAAGUACCAAGCCUAGUAUCAGAUGAACACAGUUUGGGAUGAAGCCAGUUCCUCACUGUUCUUAUUUUCUAUGUAGAGUUUAUGAUGAAAUCAUAUAAGCUAUGGAAGUUUGCAAUGUUGUUAGAUUUUA